AUGAGCGAUUGGGACUUUCUGCGUCGACCGGCCAAAGCUAAACCGGACCCUCCUGCCCCAAUAGUUGAUGAUUCACGUGUUGAGCUUAUUAAUCUCUUUGUGUCAUUUGGAGGUACUCAAAAAGUCUUUAGACUGCGUGAAAAUAGUAGUUUUAAGCCGAUCUAUGACUAUUAUGAAGACCAUUUUAAUGUUUCAGUGACUUUACGUCAUCAAGGCCUUGAAGUAUCAAAGUAUGCUAAAGUAGAUGUUUUAACUGGAGGAACUCAAACUUCUCUUUUCUUAGAGAUCUUUCCCCAGGAAAUUAACUCCGGCCCAAAUGAACCCACUCCAAUUCCGUACAAUAUUAGGUACAACCCCCGUUCAACUCUAACUAUCUAUCGUGAUUGUCAAACCACUAUUGGUCAGUUGGUUCUUAAAGCUCAAGAGGAGAUCAACCAUACUGCUAAAGUCCAGCUAUCCCCAUCCGUCUUUGUCUUUAAUGGUGACGUCUUGCCAGAUAAAGGUCGCAUUGAUGAUUAUCUCGAACCUGGCGAUCUUAUCGACUUAGUUCCUAAAACUCAUCCACUAGUCAAAAAGCCUUUCUAA